CAAAAACAAGAGACGUACUCCUGCACUUCCUGUUUUGUUUUUCUUUCGCUCCGUGCUCGGGUCGGGUAGAUAUGGAAGAAUUUGCGAAGAGAGGAGAAAACCAAAGCCUGCCCGUGACGAAACGCAUUCCCUUCAGAUACCGGUGGACCUUAUAAACCACACAGAGGCAGCGGGCAGCAGUAACACCCGCCGCGGGGCUUAAGACACCCUCACUCCGCCUCUGGUGCUCGCGACAUGGCACUCAGCUCGGGUGGCUGGGCUCCUCCAGCCCCGGUCCCUGCCUCGUCCCAGCAGGCUGCAUGCGGCGGCCCUGCGCCGACGGCUUGCUGCAGUACUGUUUUGAUGUCAGUCCGGGUGUCGGUGUGCCAUUCCGGGAUCCGGCCCCUGUGCCUCCCCGGAGCAGGCAGCGAGACUCUGCGCCUACAACUCAGCAUGGACCCGAGCCGGGCCGGAGAGUUCAGACUUGCACUGCGGGAUACGAGCGGAAACCGUAGUGUGUUCAUUGCAGAGUUUGACCUUCGCUCGGUGCAGUAUGAGGUCAAGUCCCCUCGCUGCCAUGAGAUGCGUCUUGCUGCGCCGCCCCACGACUGCAUCCGCUUCAACUUCCGCUGCGACCGAGAGGCCGAGGAGUGGGCCACAGUGGUGAUGUCGUCGCUAAGAGAGGCACAUCGAGUUGCAAAUAUUAACACGUGCGAAUCAGAUGGCAGACAGAACCUCACGGCAGCAGCUAUGGAGCAGUGGAGCUCAGCCUCGCUGCCGCUCACCGAGGAGCUGUGUUUGGAGCUCACCAGGGCGAUUGAAGCAGGUGACACUCAAGCAGCUUCCCAACACGCGUCGGCUCUGGCUCGCCAAAAAGCAGCGCUGACCAUUCAACUCUCUGAAAAGAACUACGCAGACGGAGAGAUUAGUUUAUCUGUGGUAGUGGAGGAUGUCUCGUCAUCCUGCUGCGUCACAGUGAAAGUGUUUCCCUACAUGACUGUGGCUGCACUCAAGCAACAGGUGUUUCUCGAGUACGGUUUCCAUCCUCGCGUGCAGCGCUGGGUGAUUGGUCAGUGUUUGUGCACCGAGCCGAGGUCAUUAGCGUCCUACGGGGUGCAGAAGGACGGUGACACAGCGUACCUCUACCUGAUCUCUGCCCGACAGGCCCGUAUUACCCGCCAGCUGUUCCAGCAGGAUCUGGAGAGCGCCCUCCUCGCCCCACCUCUCCCCCCAGGCAAUGGACCCACCUCCCAAGAUUGGAGGGGUUACAGCACCCUACCCUCAAGGCUACCCCACAACAACCAGGGGAGCACAGGUGGAGGAAGCGAUAGAUCAGGUGAUAUUAAAGAUGCUCUUGACAUAGAGAAUCUGCAACUGAAUGAUCACACCACCAAAGCCAGUAAAACACAGCAGACAGAGUGGGAUUGUCCCUCGUGCACUUUCAUCAACAAACCGUCUCGUCCGGGCUGCGAAAUCUGCGCUACAGCCAGACCCGACACACACAUCCAGCAGGAGAAAGGAAGGAGAGAGGACCGGGGAGAGUCUGGUUUAAGCAGCAGCUGACUGCCCAUCAUCACGGUCUAGUUGCAAUUUCUCACUCACUUACACACACAUACACAUACAUGUUGACAAAAUACUCACAUCAAGACUGUCAAGUGCACUGAGAGUCCUCUGGCAGCGGGCUGGCUGCUGAAGACGGGAGCGUUUGAAGCAUCGUAGCAUGACACAGAGGCUCAGAUGAUGGUCGAGGCACAGACGAUGAACUGCAGCGUCAGCUUAGACCAAUUUUAUGGACAUGACCAUGACAUACAUCUGAAUUUGGCCAGACCUUAUUUAUUUUACAGGGAGUGUGUGUGUGUGUGUGUGUGUGUGUGUGCGUGCGUGCGUGCGUGCGUGCGUGUGGUGAAAAAAAAAAAAAAAAAACACAGACGGCCUAUAUUUAUUUUAAGGGAGAGAGAAUGAUGUAAGUUCUUGGCAUUUGAUUGCAGCGGAAGUUGAGGGAAUGUCGCCCUUUCAGUUUCUGCCAACUGUGAAAUGAGAGGAAAGGUGAAGCCUUGUGCAAUACCCUGUUCUGUUCAAGUGUGUCAUCUGUUGGAGCCAAAAUGUUGGAAAUAAAAAAAAAAAUAAAAAAAAAAGCCAUGGAAAAUGAACAGAAGUAAUGUUGCAUUUACAGGGUUGUCAAGUGCUUUUAUUUUUUUAUAACAUUGUAUUAAGUGUAUUAUUUUUAACAAGAUGCAUUGAGUAAUUGAUGUACAUUUUAGCAGCAGAUCUAAUUUUACUCGAUUCCCUCUGAGCUGUGACAGAAAUGGAAUGAUCUGUUUUCAGUACAUAAUACUGUAAAAACUUACAUUAGCUGAAUAAACAUAAUGGGACUAAAGAAAUCCUGUUGAUCCACCUAUUGAUCUAUUUUUCUAAGAUACACUGAUUGAUGGACAAAUUGUGGCUCUAAACAUGUUUGUGACUUUCAGUGUGAACAUGAAUUAGCAAUUUUUUGUCUUGUGAGCAGCCUGGCUCUUGAUUCUGUUGGUUGAUCCACCGCUUUGCUCCAGACUGAAAUAUUUCAAUGAGAUGGAUUGCAAUGAAUUUGAGUUCAGACAAUGUCACCUGAGGACUUUGUUGAUAGCCAACUUUUCCUAUAGCGCCGCCGGCGGGUUAGAUUUUUCACAUAUCUUGCAAAAUAUCUCUCUCUCUACUAGACUAAUUGGCAAAAACAUUUGUAGACAUUCAUGCUUCCCAGUUAAUUUUAUCUUAAUUACUUCAGUGAUCCCGAGUUUUCCAACAGAAGGUUAACAUGAACAGGAUUUAAUAAUCUCAGUACUGCCUUACAGAGCCGAUACACUAAAUCACUAAACUUCACCCUUUUUUGAUGUUAUUCAGUUUGUAGCAGGCUCAAGUCUUAAGUUGUAUAAAUGCAGCUGGUUGUGUUGCUAAUAUUCCAGAUUUUGUCUUUGUACAAUGUUUUUGAAUUAAACUUUGAAGUAAAUAUCAGUUCCUUAGUUUUGAGGUUGUAUGCAAGCGCAGUAAUAUACAGGGAAGUAUCACGCUCCAAACACAGCAGCCAUACUUUUCCAGUCUUUUAUUUUGGCAUUCAUAAAUAUAAAAUAAACAUGUUUCAGAGACAGUUAUCAAAACAAGUAUAAAACAUUAGACGCAGCGAUGGCUUGUUCAGACACAGGUGUAUAAACAUCAUAAAGGAUAAAGAGUUUUCUAUAACCUGGGCCUUAUUUUUCCAAGUUUGAGUGUAAAAUGGGCAAAAAUCUUUGCAAUGGGUCCAUUAUUGAGCUGCCUUGAUCGAUUAGCUUAUUUGUUAUUGUGUUGAUACUUUUACUUAAAGGGUCUGAACACUUCAUUACUGAAAGUCAUGCAAUCGAGGCAGCGAUUUCUAUUCCUGUCAAUGGAGUCUGGUGUCUUUUGAACAAGCAAUGUAACGACCGUUUCUGGCCUUUAACAAAAAGCUGCAUCUCAGUAGGAAUCCUAUCCAUAAUGCUGUCAGGCACUUAUAACAGUCUGAACCUGUCAGUGGCAAAAACAAGCACUUAAAGUGGAUGUACUUUGACGCAGACCAAACGUCCUUUUGUUUACAUUGCAGCAGCUGUUUAGCUAUAGAAUGGGGUACUUUGCCCCCAUUCUUGCUCAAUAGUGCACUGAUUUUUCUCCAUAUCAAUCAUUUACACCCAAAACCAUGAAGGGAAAAAGGCCCAGGUUAAAAAAUCUCAGGGUUAUCCUUUAAAGGAUGCAGACAAUCAACCAGCCAAUUGGUUUAUUCUGUUUCACCACUGUUUACUCUUAGAAUAAUCUAUGUUGGUACUGUCUCAACUUCUUCCAUCAUUACAAUCCUGCCCGAAAAAAAAUGAAACAUAAAACAGUGCAGUAGUUUUCCUUAUGUAUCACAAACAAAAAUCUUAAACCAAAUAGUUUUUUUGUUUAGUUUUUUUUUUUUUUUUU